AUGUCAAGCGAGGGCGAGUGCAGCAUCUGCCUCGAGCCGCUGGUCGACGACUUGAGCUGCCUGCCCUGCGGCCACGUCUACCAUGGCAAGUGCGCAGCCAUGUCUCUGCGCGCCAAGCGGCAAUGCCCGACCUGCCGCGCGCCGUGCCAGCCGCAUCACACGACCAAGCUCUUCUACAUGCCGCCGGCGGCCCCAUGUGCGCGUCCGUCCAACGACACGGUCGACAACGAGGGCACGAUCAACGUCCGCGAGAUCCAAGCCAUGAACAAGUCGCUGGCCUCGCGGGUCGGCGCGCUCGAGGCGCGGCUCAAAAAUCAAACCCAAGAUAUGGUGAUGUACGAGCAACGGGUCCUCGACGCCACUAGCGAAAUCACGACCCUCAAGAAGGCCAACGAAGUGCUCAAGAAGGCCAAACACGACGCCAAGUACGCGCAACUCAAGCUCCAGCAGGAGGCGGUCGAGAUGCGGGCGACCUUGAAGCAGCUGCAGGCUCAAGUCGGCGCAGCCUCGGUCGCCGCUUCCAUUCAAAUGUUCAUUGCCACCAACCAGAUCAGCGUCCUGGAAGCCGAGUUGCAGCGCCCGCACGACGUCAUUCUCGCGCUUAAGACCUCGAACCGGUACCGCGCCGAGCAAUACGAGAAGCUGAUGGCCAAAGUCCGCGCCCUCGAGCGAGCAGCCAAGCGUCCCGCGGCGCCCUCCAGCCCCGAGCGCGCGCCCAAACGCCCACGAAAACCCGAGAGCAAGAAGCCCGCGCCGGUCGUCGACCUCACUGACGUGCUCUCGCCGCUGCCCAAGACGCGCCGUACGCCAACAACCUCCGAGCCACCCGUGCCACUCUAUACAAAGGGGCAAGUGCCCGUGUACCAGCGAGCAGCAACGCGCUCGUGGAUCUGA